AUGUCUGCCUCUGCGAAUUCCGACAAUGGGCAAAAUCAUAAAGCCAUUUCCUAUAAGAACAACCGACCUGGGUUUUCCGUGAACGUCGAGACGCUUCUCUGGGCGGACGGCGUUGAAGGUUCUCCUUCAGCGGAUCAGAGCAACACGUCAGAUCCACCAAUGACUCUGGCUAUCCUGAAAUUUGAGCUUACGUCUCAAAAUAAAGACGUCGAAUUUACCUUCAUGAAUGCUUCUCUGAAGCUCGAAGCUACGGAUGAUGAGCAGCACCAGGGCCUAAAUGACCCAGAAUUGAAAGCCUGGACGUCGGUUCAAUCUGCGGGGGGAAAGAAAAAAGGAACCGCAAUCUCUGGUCUCAUCCCCGAAACUAGAAAAAUGCAUGGAGUUACAUGGGCUAUUCAGGAUAAUGAGUUGGGGAUAGUUGACGAAACGCAAAACUUCUGGGCGGCAGUGCUUAUCUCCCGAACUUCAUCAAAGCCUUACCUCGUUAAUUUCCAAAUCGAGGCACGGGUUGAACUUAGAGACGAGAACGGCGUGGUGCAGUUUUUAGGGCUGAAUCGGCCAAAGGCCGAGCCUUUCAAGAUAACACCAGGCGAGGGUAUUGUGUGCAAUUCUGAGGGGGGGAAAAUCAUCGGAGAUAUUGACUUGAAGAACUUGGGGAAACUGCGAAACAAGUCAGACUGCUUCGAGUUGGUGGGCAUCCCAAACCCGUUUCAAUAA